UCAUCCUUUUCUCUAUUCGUUCCUGUGUCCAAACAUCAUGUUCCUUCGUUAUAAAAGCGCAAGAGUAGAACUGAACAAAACAGUUGCAAGCUAAAGCAAACACAUUAAGAAAACCACUUUAUACAAAAGAGAACCAGAAUGAACUCACCAGACACAGACCCUAGGAGCGGCUUCAACCGCGCUUCCAGAACCUUCCACAGCCUCAAACCCCCUCUCCUCCUCCCUCCGCCCGACGCCACCGUCUCCGCCGCCACCUACGCCAUCUCCCUCCGCCGCAACUCCCCCUGGCCGGACUCCACCACCGCUGUCAUCGACGCCGCCACUGGCCACCGCAUCUCCUACGGCGAGCUCAUCCACCGCGCCCAAACCCUAGCCUCCAACCUCGCCUCCGUCCUCAAACUCUCGAAAAACGACACCGCACUGAUCCUCUCCCCAAACCUUCUCCAAGUUCCAAUCCUCUGCUUCGCGCUCCUCUCCCUUGGCGUGGUCCUCUCCCCGGCGAACCCUCUCUCCACGCGCUCCGACCUCACGCGCCUCCUCCACCUCAGCAAGCCCUCCAUCGUCUUCGCAGCGGCCUCCGUCGCGGAGAAAGCGCGCGAGCUUGGACUCCGAGUCGUGCUGCUCGACUCGCCCGAGUUCGAGUCGCUCACCAGGACUCCUACGGACUCUCCGAGUGAACCGGCGCGAGUGCGUCAAUCCGACGUGGCGGCGAUCCUUUACUCGUCGGGGACGACGGGGAUGGUGAAGGGCGUGGCGCUGACGCACCGUAACUUGACGGCGUUGGCGGCGGCACAAGACGCCGUUCGCGCGAAGAGAGAGGAGCCCGUGGUGUACCUCUUCACGAUGCCGUUUUUCCACGUGUACGGGUUCACGUUCACGGUGAAGGCGAUGGUGACGUUGGACACGGUGGUGGUGAUGGAGAGGUUUAGUCUUCGGGGGAUGCUGAGCGCCGUGGAGACGUUCGGCGUGACGCAUGCGGCGGUGGUGCCGGCGCUGUUGGUGGCUCUGACGAAAGACGGCGCCACUGAGGGGUACGAUUUGAAGACGUUGGAGACGAUUGCGUGCGGUUCGGCUCCGCUGGGAAAGGAAGUCUUUGAGGCUUUCAAAGCCAAGUUCCCCAACGUCGUCGUCGUACAGGGAUACGGUUUAACUGAGUCAACUGCUGCGGUAGUUCGAACGAGUCCAGAGGAGCCUCAUCGAUUGGGAACAACAGGUAGAUUGAAUGCAGGAAUUGAAGCCAAAAUUGUUAACCCAAACACUGGGGAAGCCAUGCUUCCUGAACAACAAGGAGAACUCUGGAUUAAAGGACCUUUAGUUAUGAAAGGCUAUGUGGGUGACCCAGAAGCAACUUCAGCAACCUUGGUGGAUGGGUGGUUAAGGACUGGGGACCUCUGUUAUUUCGAUAAAGAGGGUUUCUUGUAUGUUGUAGAUAGGUUGAAAGAGUUGAUCAAAUACAAAGGCUACCAGGUUGCUCCUGCAGAGCUAGAACAGUUGCUAAUGUCACACCCACAGAUAAAUGAUGCCGCAGUUAUUCCAUACCCUGAUGAAGAAGCUGGCCAGGUGCCCAUGGCAUUAGUGGUAAGACAACCCCAAAGUUCUCUUCACAAAGCACAAAUAAUUGAUUUUGUCGCCAAACAGGUUGCAUCAUACAAGAAAAUAAGGCGUGUAGUAUUUGUCGAUUCAUUACCAAAGAAUGCUGCUGGGAAAUUAAUGAGAAAGGAAUUAAGUAAACUUGCUUUCUCUAGGUUAUAAUGCUUUUGUUUUUAUUUUUGUAGGGGUGGUGUAUCCGUGUAUGAAUGAGUUUCGAUAAAUUUAAAUAAGAGUUUAAUGAUGAUUUAUGACUGAAUAAUCAUGUAAAACUAUUUUAUAUUGAUACUGUAUUAUUGUUAAAUUCUUUAAAUAA